UUCAUCAUCAUCAUCAAAACACACUCUCACACAACUCAAAACACACUGAAAGAAGAUUCAGAUUCAGAGAUGAUGAUGAAGGACGCAAUCAAGGCCGCCAUAGCCGAUGGCUUGAUUACUUUCAUGUGGAUUUUCUGCGCAUCUUCUUUCGGUGCCCUAACUUUCGUUGUUGCUUCUUCUCUCGGUGUUGUCUCCCAAGCUCUCCCCACCCUUUUCAUCACCACCUCCCUCAUCUUCUUCUUCUUGUUCCUUUUUGGAUUCAUCUCCGAUUUCUUAGGUGGCGCCACCUUCAAUCCCACCGCCACCGCCGCCUUCUACGCCGCCGGCUAUGGCGGCGCUGACUCUCUCAUCUCUGCUGCCCUGCGCUUUCCUGCUCAGGCAGCUGGUGCAGUGGGCGGUGCCCUCGCGAUUUCGGAGGUAAUGCCGGUGAAGUACAAACACAUGCUUGGAGGUCCUUCUUUGAAGGUUGACUUGCACACUGGAGCUAUUGCUGAGGGAGUUUUGACUUUCAUAAUCACAUUUGCUGUUCUCCUUAUUAUCAUUAAGGGUCCUCGUAACUCCCUUGUCAAGAACUGGUUGAUUGCUAUGUCCACUGUCUCACUUGUUCUUGCAGGUUCCACUUAUACCGGACCUUCCAUGAAUCCUGCCAACGCAUUUGGGUGGGCUUACAUAAACAAUAAGCACAAUACAUGGGAGCAAUUAUACGUGUACUGGAUAUGUCCGUUUGUUGGAGCAAUACUGUCUGCAUGGAUUUUCCGCUUUGUGUUUCCUCCACCCCCGACGCCCAAGAAGCAGAAGAAAGCUUGAAAGUAAAUUAAUCUUGUCGAUAGUCGGUACAUUCUCAAGUUGUAUUUUUCACCAAUAAUAAUACUCAAGUUAUUAUGGGAUGCAGUUGAAUUAUUAUGUUUCCCCAGCUAACAAUUUAGUUGGGUUUGGAUGAACCUCUGUUAGAUUUCAUUUAUUUCCAAAAAGAAAACAUAGUUUUCAGUGCAAU